GUGAUUUUAGUCCUGGAAUUGUUUGUUCAUUUGCCAGAAUCAGAAUCCGAUACUGCACAGCUCUUCCACUGAUUUCUCUGUAUUAAUAUAACUCUCUGCUCUCUGCUCAGCAUAUACCAAUUCAUAUGGAAAAUAUCAAGGAACAAUCAAGUGGGAAGAAGAAGAGCAUAGUUGUAGGAUCAUGGGGAGGAAAUGGAGGGACUGGCUGGGAUGACGGAAUCUAUAAUGGAGUAAGAGAAAUCACCAUAGUUUUCGACCAUUGCAUCGACUCAAUCCAGGUUGUUUAUGACAAGAAUGGCAAGCCAGUCACUGCUGAAAAACAUGGAGGAGUAGGAGGCAGUAAAACAGCUGAGAUAAAGUUGCAAUACCCAGAGGAGUUCCUGGUGAGUGCAAGCGGCCACUACUCCUCCGUGGUUCCCGGAUGGAGUCCAGUGAUUCGGUCGCUGACACUGAAGAGCAACCGGAGAACAUAUGGACCAUACGGAGUUGAAGAAGGGACGCCAUUUAAUCUUUCCAUGGAUGGAUGCUCGAUUGUGGGUUUCACUGGGAGAAGUGGAUGGUACCUUGAUUCUAUUGGAUUUCGAUUAUCUCGUUCUCAAUCUCCUAAGCUUCUCCAAAAGUUUCAGCAAAGGCUUCAAAGGCUUACUAGCUCUGUUUCAAAAUCUAACAAGGAUAAUGACCAGCGCCAAAAGCCUUAUUAUUAGAUCAACUGCCUGUUCGUGUAUUUUAUUGGAUUUUGUUUUGUAAUACUAAUAUAUGUGGUUGUGCUUA